ACUUGGUAGGCCUCAGGAGAGGAGAGCACUCUACUGUUGCGUCAAUAUUUGUAAACGGACAGACAUCAUUAACUGUUUCAAAUCGAGUUUGAAGGACAACGACAAUCGUAAUUUGUUUAAUUUUUAACAGGCGUCUGGAGGAUAUGAAAAGAAGCUCGUGCUUAAUAACUGCGAACUAGCCCGCUAGCCAAAGUUAGCGGACUGGACUGUGCUUGGGUUAGGAAACUUUUUAUAUUGCAGUAAAAAAGCCUGUUGAGCCCGAAGCAACAUUAUUCUUGUCAAAUACACCCGUGACUGCAGAUAAAUUAUGAAUAUGUGAGAGAAACAUUUAAUAACGGAUGAUAAUGGAUUAUGCAGAAGAUCACGUGUAACGCUAGUCUUAACAGUUUGCAGUGUUGUCAAAGUGAUGAUUAGUCCAGAGACUGACAUGGGCGGAGGCAAAUGCUGGAAACCACAAUCUAAACUUUGUUCCCAUAAAAACGCUUGGCUAAUUUGCAUGUGAUGCACGGACUCCAGUUGAGCUGUACACGGCCAUGGAAAAAAGAGAGAAAAAGGAGCUGGACGAGCUCACCCUCCGCUUGCAGAGGGACGGUGUGUCCCCUGAGGCUCCAGCAGAGGAGCGUGAGCUGCACCUGUGGCUUUUGCUCCAGCGCAGCGAGGGCAGCCUAAGCGCAGCCAGUGAAGACCUGCAGACUUUACGCACACAGCAGGCCAGCGAGAUGAGAGAGGUGGAAAAUUACGUGGAGCAUAUUCGAAACAUGCUGGAGGAGCGGGAAUCUCUAACAGCGGAGUACGAACGUGACAGCGAACAACUCCGUGCUGAGCUCGCCCUAAUGAAACACCAACAGGACUCCCAGUGUAAGGAGGUGGUGGAGAUGCUGGAGCAGGAGGGUCUAGCAGAGAUCAGUCAGAGCAGUGCCAGUGAGCAGGUGGCCUAUCUGCUGGUGGAGAGAGUCACUCUCCUGGAGAGACUGGAAGCUGCAGAAAGAAAACUGGACACCCAGACCCUCACUGGCAACCUCAGAGAGGUGCAUCUGCAGGAAGAGCUGGAUCAUAUGCGUCACACAUGGGAAGAGGAACUCAGGCAGCAAAAGGAAAGCAUGAAUAAGGGCCACAGUGAAGAACUCAACAGAGAAUGCACAGAGCGCCAGAGGCUGGAGAGGGAUCUGGAAGAGGCAUCGAGUCGUCUUGCUAUGGCACAUAAAGAGAUUCGCCACCUGACGGAUGAACUAGAUCUCGCUCGUAAGGUCCAAAACUUGUGUGUACCUGACCUGCAGAAAACAGGGGAGGAAGUGGAGCAGUUGAAACAGGAAGUGGACAAGCUUAAACAGUGUGAUAUGGUGGAGCUGCAGAAGGCCAAGGAACGCAAUGAAAGACUGGAUAGUGAGAUUUGUGUGCUGAGGGAUAGAGUUCGUUCCCUGGACACAGAGAGGAGGACUCUUCUUAAACUGGUUGAACAAUCAAAGCUGAACUUAGAUCAAGGGAUCAGCGUACCUUUAGAACACAAAAUACACUCUACACAGGGUGUUGGGAAUAAAGUCAAUCCUGAUCCAUCACUGGAUGUAGAGGAUGAGAUACUCCACAAAAGGUGUCGGAGAGAGUCUGAAGAUAAGGACAGUCGUCUGCGAGAGCUGGAGAGAAGGUUGCAGAAGCAGCAGCGUGAGCAUGAGGAGCUGGUGGAGAGGAAUGAGGAGCUGGAGGCGCUGCUGGGGGAGGCGCAGAAUGCAGCGAAAGAGGAGCGGGAGCGACAUGAGUGUGAGAUAGAGGGGUUACAGAGAAAGAUUAAAAGCAUUGAGGAAGAACUGAGUAAGAGAAAUAGUAAGAAACUUGAGAAGAACAAAGAAGAUCAGGCUCGUGGGACUGACUCUGAGCUUAGCGAGAGCAUUCAAGAAAGACUUAAGUUCCUCGAGGGACGUCUUGCUGAAGAAAAAGGUUGGAGGAAACAGCUGGAGGUGGAUCUAUCUGUAGCCAAGGCUGCUCUCAAAACGGAAAAAGAAGUCAUGCAAAGAGAUCAUGAGGAGCUUAAGAAAUUACGUGUGGCAGUCCAGAGACUAGAAGUGGAAUGUCGACAAGGAAAGACACUUAACAAGAACCUCACACAGAUUAAAGGAGAAAAGGGAAUUUUGGAAGAAAAGGUGGCCCAGUUGGAGCGUGCUCAGACACGACUCCAGGACAACCUGACCCUUCAGACAGAGAACAGCCAAGCCGAAGAGGACCUGAGAGACAGCAGGGGACAGGUGGCAGAGCUUAAUUCUAUGGUGGACAAGCUGAGAACAGAAUUGACUCGACUGGAGAAGGAGCACAACACUCUAAGGGAUGAGCUGAUGGAGAAACGCAGGCAUGUGAUGCAGCUACAGAAGGAGCUCAGCGAGAAAGCCCAUGAGAGGCUUCAGACUGACGGGGAGAGGGAGAGACUCAGUCUGGAGCUCCUGCAUGUCAAACAGCAGCUCCAGUAUGCUAGAGAGCAGAUGCCCAGAGCAUCACAGGAGCACACGGCCAACCGCAAGCCCACUGCAGAGGAUGAUGGACAUUGUCAGCUGGCCUGUGUGAAGUCAGAGAUGAGUAAGCUACACUCCACCCUGGAGGAGGAGAGACAGCUGGCCGGCCAACACCAGCUGGCCCUGCAGGCCCAGAUCAGUGAAGCUCAGGCCCGGGCUAAGGCUCAAGACUCACUCCUACAACAGAAGGGAGAGGAGAACAAACAGCUGAGACAGGACCUUCAGAGAACCCAGCAUCUUUUCACUUCUGCAGAGCGAGAGCUACGCUAUGAGAGAGAGAAAAAUCUAGACCUUAAGAGACACAAUGCACUGCUAGACCAGGAGAAGAUCAAGCUGUGUGCAGAGCUGAAGCAGGCCCAGGCCAAAGUAGCCCAGCUGGAGGGGAGCGCAGCAGGACAUGUGGCAGAGCUGGAGAGACUCCAGCAGAGGGUCAGAGAUCUGGAGCUGGAGGUGGCCAGAAGCGCUCAGAACCGACAGACUAACAGCAGCUUGAUGGAGGAGCUUAAUUCAGAGAGAGCGCGUGUGAUCGCUGCUGACAAGAAGGUUGUAGAACUGCAGAAGCAACUGAAGAACACGCUGCACCAGCUGCGUCUGGAGGAGGCCAGAGCGGGAGAGACCAGCAAACUGGAGAGAGACACCAGAGACAUGUCUGAUAACCUGUCUGCCCUCCGAGCCCGACUGCAAGAGGAGCAACUACAGAGGAAAUUACUUGAGCAGAAAGAUGAGGAACUCCAGCAGCAGGUGCGCUCAUUGCGGGCGAAGGAGGCAACUCUGACACGCAAAAACUCAGAGAUGUCUCAUCGCACACAAGAGCUAGAGACGCGGCUGCAGGUGCAGGAGAGUGAACUUAGCACAGCUAGAGAAGAGCAGAGAAGCAGUCAGAAGAGCUGCCACAGGCUGGAAGAACAGCUGCUGUCUUCCCAGCAUGAGUCUGAGAGACUGCAGGAGGAACUGAAGCUGGUUGUUCAGCAGCUUGACACUAACAUCCGGAGAUACAACGAGAAACAGUCUCAGCACAAAACCAAGUUGCGCAGAGCUAAACAGAUCUUCAUGAAGACAGUCACCCAACAUGAACACAGGAUCCAGCAGCUAGAGAAUGAUCUGGCUCUUGCUGCAAGUCUCUCAGAGAAAGAGAAGGACUGGAUUAGGACUGUGACAGAAGAAAACGACCAGCUCCUCCUGGAGAGACGAGAACUUCUGCAGCGAAUAAGUGAAGCUGAGGAGAUGGGAAAUAAUGGACUGAGAACUGCCACUACUAUCCAGCAGAGAGUUAAAUUCCUGGAGAUGGAGAAUAAACAGCUGCAAGAAAAAACUCUAACACUGGCCAAUCAGAUAGGAAUUUUAGAUCGCGCAUUGAGAAACCUUCAGUCGCUGUGUACUGUUGAGGAGGUCAAGAAAAUGUUUCCUUAUGGAGCUCAUCCUGAUAGCCAGCUGCGGACAUCAACUCCAAGUACUGGAAAAUGA